GCCAGGUAGAGCGCCGUGUCGCCCACGGUGGGGUAAGACUUAAAGAUGGAGAUCACCGCCAGCUGCAUGUACAUCAGGAACACCGGCUGGUCCCUGCAGGCCGACGCACACAGAGAUGCGGAGCUGGUAUCGGCUGUUGGGAGAAAAAUGGCUGGUUUAGAGGCGCUGUACACCUGUGUCGCAGAUAAAAUCCAGUGUCCGCAGGACGCCGUGGUCUGCUUAGUUCACUGGGAAAUGAUAAAGAAUGGCUACCGGUGCAUCGGAUCUGGAUUCGAGCCUAGCAGCCGUGAUAAAAAGUCAGAGCUGCUUCCUGCUGACUGGAGCAGCAACAAGGAGCUGUACAGCCUGCGCUACAGAAGCAGCGACACAGACACCAUGAUGGUGCUGAAGGCCAUCGCUGUGGACUCCACGCUCAUCUUCAACUUAAUGAACUCCGGCACUAACCAGGUUUCAUACCUGAUGGUGAACAUCAGCGACCACGUCAACGCCGAUCAGCUGCACACGUUUGACAGCGUGUUCAGAGACGCAGACGAUUUGUCUGAGAAGGUGAAGUAUCGGCUGCUGCCUCGCCCAGAGAAAGCGCCGGAGAGCAGCAGACAGGAGGAGGGCGAGUCGUCUCAGAGGAGGCAGGAAGAAGACAGCGACCCCCUGCGCCACGGGCUGCAGCCUCACUGGUUAGCGUUUUGGGAGGAGAUGAUCUUGGAUCCUGUCAGGUUCGGGUUCCCUCACUUCGGCAUCCCAGACAUCCUGCCUCCUGGAGCCAUUCCUCCGGAGGCCCAUUUCGACCCGAUUGGACCCUUGAGACGACAUGGACUGGGAUUCUUCAUUGAUCCACUCCAUCCUGAACGACAUUUAAAGAGACGGAACCAUUUCCAAGGAAAUUCCCCCACUGUUGUUUUUAAUGCUUUUGUGCAUCAGCUGGCCGACCCGCUGACCCCGUUGACCCCGACCUGACC